AUGUCUGCCAGUCCUUCCCCAGCUGCCGGCGGUGACGCCAAGCCCGAUCAGAUUCAUUUCCGAUUCUGUCGCGAGUGCUCGAACUUGCUUUACCCUAAGGAAGAUCGCGCCACCAACCAACUGAUGUUCACGUGCCGUACCUGCCAUGUCGGCGAACCCGCCACCUCUCACUGUGUCUACCAGAACAAGCUCAACAGCCAAGUGGGUGAUACCGCCGGUGUCACCCAGGAUGUGGGCUCCGAUCCCACGCUCCCCCGCGCGAACAAGUUAUGUCCCAGUUGUGGUGAGAACGAGGCUGUGUUCUUCCAGUCCCAACAAAGGUCCGCUGAGACUGGAAUGGUGAGCAUCCCUGGAGUUUUGUUUCUUACUUUCCUGCAUAUCCCGAUCACCCUCGGCGCGACGAUCAUAAGCCAACUCUUUUGUUAG